AUGUAUUCCGAGAUUCACUUUGUCGAUAUCUUGGAUAUGCCAAUGAAGUCGGGGAGUCCUUUCGAUACCAAUUUCCCGGUCUCGUCCGACCAUCUUACGUUGUGGCCUUCGGAUAUUGUUGCGCCGACGCGCGAGCAUGUGGGAAGUGCCCUUGACGCACGGAACCAUAAUACCUUGCAUGCCACGGUCGACACCCUGCUAUGGCAAAGUCUCGCCAGUGUUAUGCUUCCAGGGGCCACGAUAAACAUGGUUGUGAAGGCGAGCCGACUUAUAGUUCAGAAAUCUCCAUUGGCUGUUCCAGUCCUUGUGUCGCAAUGGCUGCCGACAGCGAUGGGAUUGGGAUCGAUUCCCUUGAUUGUACAGCCAAUCGAUAACGGCGUUGACUAUAUUCUGGAUCGUAGCACACGACAAUGGUGGACAGUAGUGGGAGCAUCUACGGAAGUACAUGUCGUAGACCAGAAAUCCCAAUGA